AUGCACAUCGACAUGGGGGCCGGCAAGGACCCCGUGGGCGUCCUGAUGCAGCUGGAGAAACCGAUCUUCGACGGCACCGUGGGGCAGUGCCUACGGCGGCGGGACGACGACGGCCGGCAUGGCGCGGCGGUCGGCGCCAUGGCCGGCGAUUGCAUUGCGGGGCCCCGCGCGGGGGGACACCCGGUCGAAGAUGAGGGCGCAGGCGGGGAGGGGGAAUGCGAGGCAAGGAAUAAAGGGGUGGAGGGCGUCGAGGAGGAGGAUGGCGAGGCCGAGGGGCCAUGCCUGGCUUUCGGUGCGCCGGGUGAGCCGUCCCUUAUCGCCAAGGACUCCAACAAGCUGACGAUUCAAUGGGGGGAGACGCGGUGCCUGGAGGAGGGGCCGGUGCCGGGGCUGACCGUGCGCUACGCCGUGGAGGCGCAGCAGGUGGAGGUGCCAUCCGGGCGAGCGACGCCCAACGGCGACGCCGCCGCGGCGCUGGUGAAGGCCGACCUAUGGAGGCCCGCCGAGGAAACAGGGGACUCUUGGGCUCAGCUUCGCGGCCUGCGGCCCGGCCGGUACUACGCAAUCCGAGUGGUGGCCAAGCCGACCUGCGAUGACCCCACCGUGCGGCUGGAGGCCCCGGAGUGCUCCGCGGUUGCCGUGUUCCACACCACGCCCACCGUGCCCGGCGCGCCGCAGCCCCCCCAGCUCACAAGCCGCGAGAGGACGUCGCUGAAGUUCAAAUGGAACGUGCCAGAGAGCGGGGGACUGGACAUUAUAGAAUUUCGGCUGCAGCUGCGACCUCCACCGGCGACUGCAACGAACGACGAGGAUGAUGAGGGCUUCACUGAAAUAUUUUGUGGCUCACCGCAAACCUUCAGGGCAACAAAGUUGCUCCCAGGCAUGAAAUACACUGCCAGGGUGAAGGCCAGAAAUGAGUUGGGGGAGGGUCCCUGGAGUUUGAAUAGUGUCUUCACAACAGAGGCGUCUGUUCCGGCAACGCCAGAGCCGCCCCGAAGCACUGAUGUGACAUCGACCUCCGUCUCUUUGGAGUGGGAUGUCCCAAAAGAUAACGGGGCGAGAAUCGACUCAUACAUGGUGGACGCCUUGGAUAUGGAAGAUGGGUGUUCCCGGCCAGUGUACAGUGGAUAUUCUCCUCAGUGCACAAUACUUAAUUUGAAGAGUGGCGCCACCUACAAGUUUAAGGUCCGGGCAGAGAACCAGGCUGGCAAGAGCAAUUGGAGCAGCACCACAACAGUGCGUGUGGCACCAAGUGUUCCUGGCCCACCACAGUCAUUGACAUGCAGGUCAUCAACAAAGACCUCUGCUUCAUUCACAUGGUCAGCCCCAGAAGACACAGGGGGAAGUGAGGUCGGCUGCUACGAGGCUGAAGUCAUGUCCACAUCCAAGGCAGCGGGCAGGUCAGGAUGGACGAACGUGUACAGCGGCUUGGAGCCCUCCUGUUCUGUGGGUGGCCUGAGGCCUGGAUGCACCUAUCAGCUGAGAGUCCGAGCGAGCAACGUGGCAGGCUGGGGGAGUGUGUCACAGCCUGCCAAGUUCACAAUGGAACCUGGGAUGCCCGAAAAGAUGCCACCACCCUCAGUGCUCUCACUGGGACCUACUAGCCUCAGGCUGUCCUGGAAACCGCCUGCUCAUGAUGGCGGGUCGAGUAUCACAGGCUACCAGCUGCAGUGCUGCGAUGCACGCAGAGCUGCUGAGGAGGGCCCAGCUGCCUUUGCUGGAGCGUACAGCACCAGCCUAUGUGUGUGGGAGGGCGAUGGCCUGCUGCCUGGAACAGAGUACUCUUUUCGGGUGCGGGCCUUGAAUGCCUGUGGAGCCAGCGGUUGGAGCCCUGCAGUGCGGGGAACAACAAAGGCAGGUGUGCCCCAGGCACCGUGUCCGCCCGCGGUGUGUGAGGCCACAAGUGACAGCCUGACCAUCCGGUGGGACCCUCCUGAUGGCCGGGGUUCGACUGUCAGCAGUUACACAGCACAGGUGGCAGAGCAGGAGAGUCGGCGCAAUGGAUUCGUGUCGCUCCAAGAAGGCAGCCAGACAUGUGUCCCCUCUGUCCCAGAGGAGGACCUUGGGGUCCCUACAGCCUGCUGUAGUGACUGCAUCUGUGAUGGGCUUGACUUCAGGGAUGUGUACAGCGGGAGUCAGGCACAGUGCCGAGUGCGUGGCUUGAAGGCCAGCACAGUUUAUGCUGUGCGGCUGAGGGCAUCCAACAAAGCGGGCAGCAGCGAAUGGAGCAAGGCCAUCGCGUGCAAGACGCAGGCGGCUGCUCCUUCGCCUCCAAGGAACCUUCAGGUCGCAGGUGUCUCUGUGGACAGUGUGUCUCUCUGCUGGCAAGCACCUGAAUGGAGCAAUGGCUCCAAGCUGAACAUGUACGUGCUGGAACGGCUAUCACAAAGAAGCAAGAAAACCACUUGGGUGCAGGAGUACCAAGGACAUGCCAUGGGGAUGAGCCACACAGUGUGUCGGCUUAAGAGUGGUUGCAAGUACCAGUUUCGGGUGCGAGCGGGGAACAGUUGUGGAGUGGGUCCUGCCAGUGACACUGUGACUGUCCGGACCACUGCAGCACCUCCCGGCCCGCCUGAAGGGCCCACCUUUUCACAGAAGGCAGCAACCUCCUUGCGUGUCAAAUGGGCGCCACCGGAGAGGGAGAAUGGUGCCCCAGUGACAAACUACAGGCUGGAGAUAGCACAGCAGGGGGGCGCGUUUAGGGAGGUGUACUCUGGCUACACCACCACUCAGAAGGUGUCGGACCUGUGCCCAGGGCAGCAGUACGUUUUCAGGGUCCAGGCCACAAACGAGGCUGGCCCAGGUCCUUGGAGCCCAGCCAGCUCAGUGACGACGGCCCUGGCGCCGCCGUCGACGCCCACAAACGUGUCCGUGAUCUCCAGCAUGGACCACGACGCGCCUGGGGGCAUCCAAGGCGAUGCCACGGCGCUGGAAGUGACAUGGGAGCACGAACAGCGUGGAGGCGUCGCGGCCGAGUGCUUUGAGGUGGAGGCCAGCCCCAGCAAGGACCGCGGCGGGCAGCUGCGCACGUCGGUGGUGAGGCAAGUCGUGCGCGAGCGGCGCUGCAGGCUGGGUGGCCUGCCCGCGGAGACGUCUUUCGUUGUGAGGGUGCGGGCGGUUGGCGCAAAGUCGUCCGGCCACAGCAAAUGGGCGGAGGCGCUGUCGCGGACCGCCCCUGGGGGAAAACGGCUACCGGCGACGAGGCCGUCAGAGAGCGGCUCCUCUGGGACGCUGACGGUGCCGUCCAGCUCUCGGAGCUCCAAGAGCUCGCCCUCAGAGGUGUCGGAAGACUCCCUGACGGCCUCCGGUCGCGGCGCAAGGGGCCUGUCCGUGAAAAAGACCCAUGUGCGCAUCCGGCCGCGGCCCCGGAAGUCGCUGUGGAAGAGGGCCAAAGCGCACUUUUUGACCGUGGCCAUGGCGGCGGUGGCCGCGCUGUUCUUGCUGUUGCUCUUGCUGCAUGGUAGCUUGGGGUAG